UGAGGUUGCCGUGGUCGCUGACUAGCUGGUGUGGUGUCGCCGCUGUCGCUCCUUUUCGCUUGUGUACGCCGCAGUGUGUGACCAGAGGUGCAGUGCUGAAGAAGCGCCGUCGCUAUGGCGAAGACCAAGAAUCACACCAAUCACAACCAGAAUCGCAAGGAUCACAGGAAUGGUAUCAAGAGGCCCAAGAAAGGAAACAAGCCUUCCAUGCGCGGGGUGGACGCCAAGUUUGUGCGGAACAUGCGGUUUGCCAAGAGGCACAACAAGAAGGGCCUGAAGAAAAUGCGUGCGAACGAGGCACUGCAGAAGGAGGCUGCACUGGCGGCAAAGAAGGCAUUAUAGUAAUAAUAAACGUGUCAUCACAUUCGAGGAGG